AUGUUUCACACCUUCGAGACUGCUCAGUUCAACAGUCCCAGCCAACAAGAGGCCAAUACCUCGUCGGCCGCAAAACGACGAACGUCGACGGUGCGGGCAUGCGAACCUUGCCGGAAACGGAAGAUUCGAUGCAACGGCGAGCAUCCGUGUGAGACCUGUCAGUGGUACCGGAAGGCCUCAUCGUGUCACUAUACCGAGCCUCGGCAGCGGCAGGUACCAUCGCGCAGGUCCGUUGAAAAGAUCUCUCAAACGCUGCAGGAAUAUCGCGCCAUUCUGCAGAAGCUCUUUCCCAACGUCCAUCCAGAGUCUUUGGCAGCACUGUCACGCGACAAGCUCAUCGAUAUCAUGUCCAAAUCCAACCCCUACCAAACACCAUCACCCUUGUCGCCGGGCCAAGACGAUAAGUUGAGCAUACAUCCCGAUGCAGGAAGCUUAGAGCAGUUCCAGCCCUUGCCUGAAGAGCCCCAAGAUGGCUUCAGCCGACCUUGCAGUCAGCGGACCUUCACUGGCAUCUCCGACCAUGUCAACGCCCUCUCCCUCACCAGCAAAGAGUCGUCCUCGUACCUCGGCAUCUCCUCUGUCAUGGCUGCUCUUCGUGUCAUUCUCUGGCUGGAUCCUGACACCCAAAGCUUCAUCAAUGGCACCGCCGAGAACAAUACCUUCCACGAUCCACCUUCCUCUCCACACUCGAUACCAGAACAUCCAUCUUCCACAACCCCUACCGAUUCUCCCAAACCAUCCCCUCAGGACGAACCAUUAUUGAUCAGUGCCUACUUCACCUAUAUCCACCCCUCCACGCCCCUGAUUGACGAAGCCACCUUCCGCGACAUGUAUGCCACUUGCAUCCGCUCUGACUCGCGCUGGCGCCUUCUCGUCAACACCGUCCUUGCCAUUGGCGCCGUCGCCUCUUCAACUUCGGCCAGUUCCACCACUCACGCCUACUACUUUGCCCUUGCUCGAACUCAUUUAACCAUUGAUACACUCAACUCGGCGCAUAUUGAGACCCUACAAGCCCUUGCUCUACUGAGCGGCAUAUACCUGCACUACGUCAGUGAACCUGAUCUAGCGCAUGCCCUCAUGGGUGCCACCUUACGAAUGGCCACCAUGCUAGGUCUGCAUAGAGACUUCAGCGAGGGCCUCGGUCCGGCAAAGACGGCUGUCCAGAAUAUCUCAAAAGCGAGUUCCAGGAUCGAAAUGCGGCGUCGUAUUUGGUGGUCGACUUUCAUGCUCGACGCCUGGGCGAGCAGUACCCUUGGACGACCGAGCAUGGGUCGCAUGAGCCACGCCGUAACUGCAAAGCACCCUCAGGAAGCCAUCGGCAGCAGUGAGUUACAUCUGCAGCUACUGCGCGAGAACGUUCGACUGGCUCUCAUCAGCACGAGAAUGGAAGACAGCCUUGCCGUCUCCCCGCUUAUGGAUGAGAUCGAGCGACAGUCGCUGGACAAUGCUCUAGUGGAUUGGUAUCAGUCAUCCUUAGUACAGAGAUCAUCCUCUGGAUUACAGAGGCUUCCUGAUGGUAUCAAUUACAGCCCCCACCACGAUACGACGCAGCAACACAACACCCCGUCGUCCCCCGGCAUCGCUAUGACCCAAAACGUCAUGCGCUGGCGCUAUCAACUCAAACGAACUAUCCUACAUCGGCCCGCCCUCCUCUGGUGGGCAAUGCGGAGCCGCAAGUUCUCCACCUCUGCUCUGUCAUCGCAGAAGCGUGCCGCUAUUGACCUAUGCCGGGCAGUCACAGCAGAGCUCACUGCUGAUAUUAUCUCUACAUGGCAAGGACCCCACCUGCCGGCUUGCACCAUGUCCGCCUGGCACGCUUCUGCAAUACUGUAUCAAGCAGUCAUGGUGCCACUCCUGUCGCUCUUUAGCGAUGUGGGCGAUGCAGCUGUGCUGCAGGAGAGUCAGUCUCUUGUAGAAUCGAGCGUCGCGGCUUUGAGAGAGAUGAGUGUGUGGUGUCGCACUGCGAAACGGAGUUUAGAGGUGGUGUCCAGAUUAUAUGAGGCGAGCAGGCGGCAUAGCCCCGCACAGGCCUUGAGCAGUCACGACGAGAGACAGGAGUUGCAGGAAUAUGAGCACGAUAUGCUUGGAUCAGAUCCAUACGCGGGCUCGAGCGCCAGUGCAAGUGUAUCCGGGGGCAUGGGCUCUGGAGAUCUCGGUACGCCCGCGACAUUGCCAUCUACCGUGUCGACCAGCAGCCGUGGGCACCACCAGAGACCGACGUUCAUCGACCUACCGACGGUCUCCACGACUCUCGACCAUCCACAUUCCUCCCAACCAAGGCACCAUUCACACACCACCCAUCCUCUUCUCACACAAUCGCAUAUUCCUCAACCUCGUUCUCAACCUCACAAAGGCCAACCUCAGGGUCACCAGGGGCCCGCCCCGGCUCCGUUCCUAACCACCCCCAGCUCCGGCUCUGCCGACAUGUUCAUGGAUACGAUGCUUGACAGCCUAAACUGGAGCCAGGGUUGGUCUAACAAUGAAUACCCCUUUGAGACGCCGCGGCUAGGCGGAGGUUGGGACUACGCGGCCAUGAACGGCUGGGUCGGCGGUGUGGGGGGUGGAGGGCUUCUCGAUGACGCUGACGGCCAGCGGCGUGUGCACGGUCACAGCCACGCCCAUGGGCAAAUGGAAGUUGGAUCUUUUGGCCAGGGAGGCCUUCAGCAGCAAGAUCUGGCCGGAAAUUUCGGUCCUGGGCAGAGAGGAAGCGUCAGCACCGGGUCAGCGAGCGUGGGCGACAACGACGAGUUUCGUCAGGCACAGCAUGGCUUUUACCAUUAG